AUGCCGAAGGUUUCCAAGAAAGACGCCAAGGAGCAGGCGGCGCUCCAACCAGUGCCUAUGGUCAUGGAUGCAGAUGAUGACAACCAACCCAGCACAUCAGGCGCCAAGAAUACGACGAAAUUUCCACCCAUGAGCGUGUUCGAUCAGAACGGACGAAAAAUAGACUUUAGAAGGAUCACCGUACCUCAGCACAGGCUGACGCCUCUGAAGACUGCCUGGCUGGCGCUAUAUCAGCCAAUCACAGACAAUCUCAAGUUAGAUAUGCGCAUGAACCUGAAGACACGAAAGGUGGAGAUCAAAACAACUCCGCAGACAAAGGAUCCCGGGCACUUGCAAAAGGCGGCAGACUUUGUGCACGCCUACAUUAUGGGCUUUGAGAUUGCAGAUGCAAUUGCGCUGCUGCGGCUGGACGAUCUGUACAUAGAGUCCUUUGAGGUCAAGGACGUGAAGACGCUGCGGGGAGAGCAUUUGUCGCGGUGUAUAGGGCGGCUGGCUGGCAAGAGCGGGAAGACAAAGUUCACAAUAGAGAAUGCGACCAAGACGCGCGUGGUGCUGGCAGACUCGAGCAUCCACAUCCUCGGCUCCUACCAAAACAUCCGCAUCGCCAGGGAUGCCAUCUGCGGGCUCAUCCUGGGGUCGCCACCUGGCAAGGUCUACAGCAAGCUCCGCAGCGUGUGCUCGCGCUUGAACAGCAGCUACUGA